AUGGUUGACAAUGAGCACUACAAGCACAACUUCAAGGAAUCAGAAGAAUCAAGAACCACACUUGAUCAGGAAAUAGCGUUUCUGCGUGGGCGGAAGGAGGUCGAGGAGACAUCCGACCGUCGUGUUGAAGUAUCCGGGUUAUUCAACGGCAUCGAGAAAGACUAUCUGUUCAGGGCCGGGAAAGAGGCAGUUGCCAACGGAAGUGUCCAAAUACGACCUGGAUUCAAGGACUUCAUCCAAACCAUGACGCAGAAGGGCUGGACUAUAUCCAUCAUGUCAGUGAACUGGUCUGCGUCGUUCAUCCAUGGCGCCAUCUCAGAGCCAGACAUCGAUGUCGUUGCGAACGAGAUCAGCCCCGAGGGCAGGCUCGUUGGACCGGAACUUCUCAAAAGACAUGGAUGGGACACCGUUCUAGUGAGUUCCGCGGACAAGCUGCACGCAAUGCAGAGCACUGUUGAGGACACUGCCGCCAGCAGGUCGUUUUACUUUGGAGACUCUACGACUGAUCUGGAGUGUCUCGUAUCUACGAACGGUGUUGUCAUGUCGGACGACGGCGAGAGCAGUCUUCUCCAAACGUUACGCCGCUUAGGGUACACUUCUUACCAGAAAUAUGAGAAAGCCUUUGAUGCUGGUCUGGUCAACGAAGGUUGCAGUGUCAUGGUGUCACACCCGCUGGCAACUCUUAGGGUGGACAUGCUCUGCAGUAAGUGCGCCAAGAACAAGGACGAGAUGGAUGAGAAGUUCGCCAAAGCCAGGGAAUGUCUAGCCGUGCUUGAGAGCGUCGUCUCCAAGAAACUCAAGGGACGAGUUCCAGACGUCACCGAAGUCGUUGAGAUCCCAGCUGAAAGCAACUCUGGAGAGUCCGAAAGCAACGCGGAAACUGAUACGGAGAACCUGGGUGAGUCCGCCGACCUCGACGAAACUCUGAUCUCACCAGAGGAGGUGAGUUCGUUCCUCGAGAACAAGUUUCCUAUGGUUUCCUUGAGCAUGGAUAUUUGA